UGAUUUUGCAUUUCGGGGAGGAUGGCUGCAUUCUUUACAGUGCAGCUCUCCUCCCUGUCAGUUUGGGCACACUGAUCCGGAUGGAUGAGCUCAGCCUUCUGGAUCAGUGUGCUUACAGUGAAGCACACAACCCCCCCCCCUAGUGAAACACUCUUCUCACACAGUUAACCCUUUGAUUGCCUUCUAAUGUUAACCCCUUCCUCCCCAGUGUCAUUAGUACAGUGUCAAUGUUUUUUUUUUUAUUUUUGCACCGAUCACUGUAUUGGUAUCACUGGGGAUGUCAGUGGCCCCAAGUCAGUUCCCCCCAGUGUCAGAAUGACCGCCACAGUCCCGCCAUAA